CUUAUCUUGCUAUUGCAAACUUAUUCUACCAUUACCUAAUCGACCCCCUUGACCUAUUUUCCCCAACAAGGUUGAUGCCAUUGUCUUUCAGCCACUCCUUUGUGGCCUUGACAUUGUGCUUGGGUCGUUGUCCUGCUAGAAGUAGAGGAAUACAUAAGGAACAGAACAGUAGUAGUCAUAAACAGGGAGGAGACCCCACCAAAGGAUAUCCUGGUACUGAUCAGCAUUGAGGUUUCCCUCAACAAGAAUCAAUUCACUGGUGUGACAAUCAACCCAAAAAC